GCCACCCUUUACCCCCCUUGCAGCACCUCCUCAUCGCGCGGAGUGAAGGGAAUCCUUUUAAUUCUGUCCUUCACUCUCAUUUGUUGAGUCUGCAACCUUUACCUCCUUUCCGCGCGUUUCUCGAGCGCGUUCAAGGACGCGGAGCUCGUUCGAGCCUCCUUGCGCUUUCUCGAGCCUCCAUCCUCAGGACGUCUUCGAUCGUCUCGAUCGCGAACCCCUUCGUCGGCGAACUGCCUCCAUUGUAACUCUACUUGACAGAAUCCCUUGUGUCCCCGUUUCCUCCGCUCGUUAUGUCUAUUCCUCCACCACCUGGCGCAGGCUUCGUCCCACCCCCUCCACCUCCUCCCGGCGGACUUCCUCCCCCUCCGCCUCCCCCUGGCGGCGCACUGGGUGCCCCCCCAACUCUCGGGCUUCGACCUCCCUCCGACCCCCAGAUCGCCAAGUUCGCGCAGAAGAAGAAAGAAUGGCUGCGCAUACAGCGCCAGCGCUUUGGGGAGAAGCGAAAAGCUGGUUUCAUCGAGACUCAAAAGACGGACAUGCCCACGGAGCAUAUGCGUAAGAUCUUCAGGGAUAUUGGAGACGUUUCACAAAAGAAGUUCACGAGUGAGAAACGGGCUUACCUAGGAGCUCUCAAAUUCAUGCCGCAUGCCGUGUUGAAGCUAUUGGAAAACAUGCCGAUGCCCUGGGAGAGCGAGAGACAGGUGAAGGUGCUUUAUCAUACAAGUGGAUGCUUGACCUUGGUCAAUGAGGUUCCGCGUGUCAUCGAACCCGUCUUUCAUGCGCAAUGGGCAACCAUGUGGUUGUGUAUGCGUAAAGAGAAGAGCGAUAGACGGCACUUCAAGCGAAUGAGGUUCCCGCCGUUUGACGACGAGGAACCACCGCUCAACUACUCGGAAAACAUCGAGGAUGUUGACCCACUGGAACCGAUUCGUUUGGAGCUGGAUGAGAGUGAGGAUGGUCCAGUAAUGGAGUGGUUUUACGAGCAUCGAGCGCUGAUCGAAUCACCUCACGUGAAUGGACCAAGCUACAAGGAAUGGCAUUUGGAUCUGCCCCAAAUGGCGACCCUAUACCGUCUCAGCCGUCAGUUGUUGAGCGAUCUGGUGGACAAGAACUACUUCCACAUGUUCGACCUUGACAGCUUUCUCACAGCCAAAGCCUUGAAUGUGGCAAUUCCAGGAGGGCCUCGUUUCGAACCACUUUACAAGGACAUUGAUCCAAAUGAUGAAGAUUUUGGAGAGUUCAAUGCGAUCGACCGGAUAAUUUUCCGAGCACCCAUCCGGACCGAAUACCGCGUUUCAUUCCCUUUCCUAUACAAUUCGCUGCCCCGCAGCGUUGAGUUGGCUUGGUAUUCCUAUCCACAGGUAGUUUACGUCCGAGCCGAAGACCCGAGCCUCCCAGCGUUCUACUUCGACCCGGUCAUAAAUCCAAUCUCACAGAGAGCUGUUGCGCCUAAGAACAUUACAUUCUGCCACGAGGAUGAAGUGUUUGGAUUCGGUAAUAACGAGGAUGAGGAAUUCGAGCUGCCUGAUGACGUAGUAGCGUUUAUGGGGGAUGAGACACUCUCUACUGAUGAAACCGCGUCAGCUAUUGCCCUCUGGUGGGCCCCUCAUCCUUUUGAUAAGCGGUCGGGUAAAAUGGUGCGAGCCCAAGACGUACCGCUCGUCAAGCAGUGGUAUCUCGAGCACGUGCCUUCAGGCCAACCUGUAAAAGUCCGGGUGUCCUACCAGAAGCUCCUUAAGACAUAUGUCCUCAAUGAACUCCACAAGAAGCAACCGAAGGCAAUGAACCGACAGAACCUGAUGCGUACCCUGAAGACGACGAAAUUUUUCCAGCAGACAACUUGCGACUGGGUUGAGGCCGGCCUCCAGGUCUGUCGACAGGGCUUCAAUAUGCUGAAUCUUUUGAUCCACCGGAAAAACUUAACCUAUCUUCAUCUUGAUUUCAACUUCAAUUUAAAGCCAGUCAAGACCCUGACGACUAAAGAGAGGAAGAAGUCACGAUUCGGAAAUGCAUUCCAUCUUAUGCGAGAAAUUCUUCGGUUGACGAAGCUGAUCGUUGAUGCCCAAGUUCAGUAUCGUCUUGGUAACAUCGAUGCUUUCCAGCUUGCGGAUGGUAUUCUGUAUGCAUUCAACCAUGUUGGCCAGCUUACGGGUAUGUAUCGAUACAAGUACAAGCUCAUGCAUCAAAUUCGGUCCUGCAAAGACUUGAAACAUUUGAUCUACUAUCGGUUCAACUCAGGUCCCGUCGGAAAAGGUCCAGGUUGCGGUUUCUGGGCCCCAGCUUGGCGAGUGUGGCUUUUCUUUAUGCGUGGCAUCAUCCCUCUUCUGGAGCGCUGGCUAGGAAACCUUCUGUCGCGUCAGUUCGAAGGCCGUCACAGCAAGGGCGUCGCCAAGACCGUUACGAAACAGCGUGUUGAGUCUCAUUUCGAUUUGGAACUCCGUGCUGCUGUCAUGACCGAUCUGAUGGACAUGAUGCCAGAAGGCAUCAAACAGAAUAAAGUCAACACCGUUCUUCAGCAUCUCUCAGAGGCAUGGCGAUGCUGGAAGAGUAAUAUUCCCUGGAAAGUUCCUGGUCUACCAGCUCCCAUUGAGAACAUCAUCCUUCGUUAUGUCAAGAGCAAAGCCGAUUGGUGGAUAUCAGUUGCUCAUUAUAAUCGCGAGCGCAUCCGACGAGGUGCUACCGUGGACAAGACUGUUGCGAAGAAGAACUUGGGUCGGCUGACGCGUCUAUGGCUGAAGGCCGAGCAGGAACGACAGCACAACUACAUGAAGGACGGGCCAUACGUCUCAUCCGAGGAGGCUGUUGCUAUCUACACGACGAUGGUGCAUUGGCUGGAAGCGAGGAAAUUCCAGCCAAUUCCCUUCCCCAGUGUGUCCUAUAAGCACGACACCAAAAUCCUCAUUCUCGCCCUCGAGCGCCUUCGUGAGGCAUACUCUGUCAAGGGCCGUCUCAAUCAGAGUCAACGCGAGGAGCUUGCGUUGAUUGAGCAGGCUUAUGAUUCACCUGGAACUACACUGGCAAGGAUCAAACGCUUUUUGCUCACCCAGCGAGCCUUCAAAGAGGUUGGAAUCGAUAUGAAUGAUAACUACAGCAAUAUCAAUCCGGUCUAUGAUAUCGAACCGAUGGAGAAGAUCACCGAUGCGUACCUAGAUCAAUACCUGUGGUACCAGGCCGACCAGCGUCACCUCUUUCCGGGUUGGAUCAAGCCUUCCGACUCCGAAGUUCCACCCCUUUUAACAUAUAAAUGGGCACAAGGCAUCAAUAACCUUGACAAGGUCUGGGAAUAUCAGGAUGGCGAGUGCAACGUCAUGAUUGAAACACAACUCUCGAAAGUCUACGAAAAGAUUGAUAUUACCAUGUUAAAUCGUCUCCUGCGAUUAAUCAUGGAUCAUAAUCUUGCAGAUUACAUUACCGCCAAGAAUAAUGUCCAGCUCAAUUACAAGGACAUGAAUCACACCAACGUAUAUGGCAUGAUUCGAGGCCUCCAGUUUUCAGGAUUCGUAUUCCAGUACUACGGUUUGGUUCUCGAUAUCCUCCUGCUUGGUCUUCAGCGAGCAAAUGAGAUCGCUGGUCCCCCAGAGAGUCCGAAUGACUUCCUCCAGUUCAGAGACCGAGCGACCGAGGUACGCCACCCCAUCCGGCUAUAUACGAGAUACAUCGAUCGCAUUUGGGUGUUCUUCCGAUUUACGGCUGAAGAAUCUCGAGACUUGAUCCAGCGUUUCUUAACUGAGCAACCCGACCCGAAUUUUGAAAAUGUCAUUGGAUACCGCAACAAGAAAUGCUGGCCUCGUGACUCAAGAAUGCGUUUAAUGCGCCAUGAUGUCAACCUUGGCCGUGCUGUCUUCUGGGACUUGAAGAAUCGCCUCCCUAGGUCCGUUACAACAAUCGAAUGGGAUGACACCUUCGCUAGUGUCUACAGUCGUGACAAUCCAAAUCUCCUCUUCUCUAUGUGUGGCUUCGAGGUUCGCAUUCUACCAAAGAUUCGUAAUUUAGGCGAAGAAUUCCCAGUCAAGGACAGUGUUUGGUCACUCGUAGAUAAUACCACGAAGGAACGAACUGCCCAUGCUUUCCUGCAGGUGACUGAAGAAGACAUCCAGAAGUUCAACAACCGUAUCCGUCAAAUUCUGAUGUCUUCUGGCUCCACAACCUUCACCAAGAUCGCUAACAAAUGGAACACUACGCUCAUCGCACUCUUCACCUACUAUCGCGAAGCCGCAGUGUCGACUGUAAAUCUACUAGACACGAUCGUCAAGUGCGAGACAAAGAUCCAGACUCGAGUCAAGAUCGGACUCAACUCGAAGAUGCCGUCGCGUUUCCCUCCUGCUGUCUUCUACACACCCAAGGAACUGGGUGGGUUGGGAAUGAUCUCUGGGUCACACAUUCUCAUCCCAACGAGCGACAAGCGAUGGUCAAAACAGACUGACACUGGAGUGACGCACUAUCGUGCUGGCAUGUCUCAUGAUGAGGAAACUCUUAUUCCAAACAUUUUUCGGUACAUCAUCCCAUGGGAGUCCGAGUUCAUUGACUCACAGCGUGUCUGGAUGGAAUAUUCUCAAAAGCGCCAAGAGGCAAAUCAACAGAACCGGCGUUUGACGCUUGAGGAUCUUGAAGACAGCUGGGACAGAGGUUUACCUCGUAUCAACACACUCUUCCAAAAGGACCGUAGCACUUUGAGCUUCGAUAAAGGAUUCCGCGCCAGGACGGAGUUCAAGAUCUACCAGCAUAUGAAGAGCAAUCCAUUCUGGUGGACGAGCCAGCGCCAUGAUGGCAAGCUUUGGAACUUGAAUGCAUAUCGAACCGAUGUCAUUCAAGCUCUGGGUGGUGUCGAGACAAUUCUCGAGCAUACACUUUUCAAAGCCACUGCGUUCCCCUCCUGGGAAGGCCUCUUUUGGGAAAAGGCUUGUCUCGCCAAUGGGACUCAGCUUCUGCGGUACGACGGUACAAAGGUUGCGGUCGAAGACGUUAAAGAAGGGGAUCUACUGCUAGGUCCAGAUGGAGGGCCUCGACGCGCAUUCAACGUCGUCAAAGGCACAGACCGCCUCUAUCGCAUCAAAGUAGGUGCUCACAAGGAGGAUCUUGUUGUGACGGCAAAUCAUAUCUUGGUCCUACACCGGAAGAAGAGCCACGGGAACGAAGACGAAGGAUCUGAGCACUACGAUACUAUUGAGAUGAUUGCCGCUGACUUUGCCGCUCUCGACCCCACAGAGAGAAGCAAGUAUCUGCUUUUCAGGUCUCCUGGUUUUGAGCUGCCUGAGCUGGCCGUGCCCGUCAAUCCUUACUUUCUAGGGCUUUGGCUCGGAGAUGGUAGCCCUAGUAGUACUACUGUCGACCCCAACCAUGAAUAUGUCGUCCGAGAGUUCCUCGCUUGUUACGCUGCUGAACUUGAUCUCCAUCUGCGGUUCCACCUUCCUGUUCCUGGCGUUGAAGUACUUAAGCAGCCAACCGAGCGCCAGGCACGGCAGACGAUCAUUAAUCAGCGCCUUGCUGCUGGAUGGAAAUUCCACCCCCACCGCAUCUCCGGCCAGAGUCGAGUAUGGCAAGAUUCCUCCAAGGCAAGAAUUGAGGCCACAGAUCUGAUAGAGGAGAAAGAGCAGGAUUUGGACAUCGAUUUGGACAUGAUCGAUGGCUCUUGUGAUGGCGAGAUGAGCGACAAUGAGGAUCUGAACAGUGACAACGUAAAUAUCACCACCCAAGAUAUUCGCGGCCGGUCAUCGCGCUUUAAGAGUAAACGUGUUACUCACUUGCAGUCCGGUCACCGAGUAUAUGGCGAUCUACAGCCCAAGGAGGAAGAGGAACUUGCGCAUCAAGUCGUUGACCGCAAUACAACCGCCACUGCUGUUAACACGCUUCUUCUUGCGCUCGACGAACUUGCGCGUGGGGCAUCUGGCCUCGAGGCCGACAAGAAGCGUAUCCCGCCGGUCUAUAUGAGAAAUUCACGACCUGUUCGUCUCGCCGUCCUUGCAGGAUUGCUUGACACCAAUGGCUGGUAUGUCUACCCGAAGAACAUGUUCGGCUUCAACUUGAGCGAAAUUCGAUAUUCAGAUCUUUUCUGGGAUACGGUUGCCCUAGCGCGAUCAUUGGGUUUUGACGUCAGCACCACACGGCGCAUGAUGUGGAAUUCCACACGAACGAAGCAAUCCCCUCAGCUAUUUGCUCAGAUCUUCGGCAACUUGGGUGAGAUCCCUUGUCUCCUCGCGCGUAAGAAAGGUGUCGCACACGUUAUCCCUCAAGCCCACAGCUUUGUUGUCAAAGAUAUCGUCCUCGAACCUGAGCCCAUGGGCUGGGCCGGCUUCCGAGUGGAUCAAGACCAUCUCUACUUGCGACAUGACUACCUUGUGCUUCAUAACAGUGGAUUUGAGGAAUCCAUGAAAUUCAAGAAACUCACUAACGCUCAGCGAUCGGGUCUAAACCAGAUCCCCAACCGCCGAUUUACGCUGUGGUGGUCUCCUACGAUCAAUCGAGCCAACGUCUACGUCGGCUUCCAGGUCCAACUUGACUUGACUGGCAUCUUCUUGCAUGGCAAGAUUCCAACCUUGAAGAUCUCUUUAAUCCAGAUCUUCCGUGCUCAUUUGUGGCAGAAGAUCCACGAAUCCGUAGUGAUGGAUUUGUGCCAAGUAUUUGACCAAGAGCUCGAAGCUCUUGGAAUCGAAACCGUCCAAAAGGAGACCAUUCAUCCUCGUAAAUCUUACAAGAUGAACAGCUCAUGUGCGGACAUCCUCCUGUUCGCGAGUCACAAAUGGAGUGUUUCUCCUCCUUCGUUGCUGUACGACACCAAGGACUCGAUGACAGCAACGACUACGAACAAGUUCUGGAUCGACGUACAGCUCCGAUACGGUGACUACGAUUCCCACGACAUCGAACGCUACGUUCGCGCCAAGUAUCUCGAUUAUACUACCGACAGCAUGAGUAUAUAUCCUUCAGCGACCGGUUUGAUGAUUGGAAUCGACUUGGCAUACAACUUAUAUUCAGCCUAUGGACAGUACUUCCCUGGUCUGAAGCAGCUCAUCCAACAAGCUAUGGCCAAGGUCAUGAAAGCAAACCCAGCCUUGUAUGUCCUUCGUGAGCGUAUUCGAAAGGGCCUCCAACUGUACGCGUCGGAGAGUAACCAGGAGUUCUUGAAUUCCCAGAAUUACUCAGAGCUGUUCAGCAACCAGGUUCAACUUUUCAUCGACGACACCAACGUUUACCGUGUGACUAUCCACAAAACUUUCGAAGGCAAUUUGACCACGAAGCCCAUCAACGGUGCCAUCUUCAUCUUCAACCCCCGGACUGGACAACUAUUCCUCAAGAUCAUCCACACGAGCGUUUGGGCCGGACAGAAGCGUCUUGGUCAAUUGGCAAAAUGGAAGACUGCAGAAGAAGUUGCCGCUCUAAUUCGAUCACUUCCCGUCGAAGAACAGCCCAAGCAACUCAUCGUUACCAGGAAAGGUCUGUUGGACCCUCUUGAGGUUCAUCUGUUGGAUUUCCCCAACAUUUCUAUUCGUGCCUCAGAACUCCAGCUCCCCUUCCAAGCUGCCAUGAAGGUCGAGAAGCUCGGCGACAUGAUCCUCCGAGCUACCGGGCCGCAGAUGGUACUUUUUAAUCUCUACGAUGAAUGGUUGAAGACAAUUUCCUCCUACACAGCAUUCUCGCGACUUAUUUUGAUCCUGCGUGCCCUCCACGUUAAUCAAGACAAGACGAAACUUUUAUUGCGUCCGGACAAGACCGUCAUCACACAAGAACAUCAUAUUUGGCCAUCUCUUGCUGACGAAGAUUGGAUCAAAGUUGAAGUGCAACUUCGCGAUCUCAUUCUAAAUGACUAUGGCAAGAAGAACAACGUAAAUACCUCAUCGCUGACCAGCAGCGAAGUUCGUGACAUAAUUCUGGGUAUGGAGAUCUCUGCGCCAUCUAUGCAGCGUCAAGCAGCUGCCGAGAUCGACAAGCAGCAAGAGGAGCAGCAGCAGCUCACAGCCGUGACGACAAAGACUCAAAAUGUCCUUGGCGAGGAGAUCGUCGUCACGACUACGUCCAAUUACGAACAGGCAUCGUUUGCAUCUAAGACAGAGUGGCGCACACGCGCUGUGGCAACAUCAAAUCUCCGCACUCGUGCCAAUAAUAUCUACAUUAAUUCCGAGGAUGUCAAAGAGGAAGGACACUUCACCUACAUCAUGCCAAAGAACAUGCUCAAACGCUUCAUCACUAUUGCCGACUUACGUGUUCAGGUUGCCGGCUAUGUGUACGGCAAGUCACCGCCAGACAAUGACCAGGUCAAGGAGAUAUGCGCUAUUGUCAUGGUUCCUCAGGUUGGAAAUACACGGGAUGUCCAUCUGCCGCAGAUGCUUCCCCAACACGAAUACCUCGACGACCUUGAACCUUUGGGACUCAUCCACACGGUCAGCGGGAACGAACCCCCGUAUAUGCAGGCCAGUGAUGUCACUCAGCAUGCCAAGCUGAUGCAAGCUCAUUCGAGUUGGGACAGGAAGACAGUUUCGAUGACUGUGUCCUUCACACCAGGCUCCGUCUCCCUCGCCGCUUGGGGAUUAACGCCAAAUGGAUACAAAUGGGGUGCCGAGAACAGGGACACAUUGUCAGACAAUCCAGCAGGGUUCUCUACUUCAUUUGGCGAGAAGUGCCAGCUCCUACUCAGUGACAAGAUUCGAGGAUACUUCCUCAUCCCGGAGAACGGUGCGUGGAACUAUAGCUUCAUGGGAAGCAGCUUCUCGAAUGUGGAGAAGAAGCCGAUUCACGUGCGCAUGGACACCCCAGCUAGGUUCUACGAUAGUAUUCAUCGUCCUCUGCAUUAUCACACAUUUGCUGAGCUGGAGGAUGUUUGGGUUGACAGGGAUAAUCAAUUUGAUUAGUGAGGAUGGGUAUUGGCAUGGUUGUGGCGUUUGGUUGGGUAAUGGCAUUUUAGAAAUGCAACUGUAUUACUGUUGUGUUUUUGUAGCCGGAUAGGACCGCGGAGUGGUCAUAAAAUAGUUCAAUGCAUAUCCGAUAGCUUUUUUUGCAUUCGAA